CUCCGUGUUGUGUGUACGGUUUCUCAAGAUUUGAGAGGUCCGUGGGCUCCUCCUUGCACGUAACAGACGGAAUGCGGAGUUUAAUUUCCUCUGUCAGCAGUAAAACCAUUGUCAGCUUGUCUGUGCCUAGGGAUGUGGGCCUGUUUGUGAGAUAAGCGGGCCUGAAUGUACAGAAGAAGUGACUAAGCUGCAGAAACACCUAACGCUUUUGCGACAGGAAUAUGUCAAAAUGCAGCAAAAGCUCGCAGACACCGAGAAGAGGUGUGCUAUGCUGGAAGCCCAGGCUAAUCAAGAAAGUACCAGCGAAUCCUUCAUCAGCCGGUUGCUGAGCAUUGUAGCUGAUCUUUACCAGCAAGAACAGUACAGUGACUUGAAAAUAAAAAUUGGUGACAAGAAGGUGUUUGCACACAAAUUUGUCCUGGCAGCACGUAGUGACAACUGGAGUCUGGCCAACCUUUCAUCCACUACAGAACUGGACAUGUCAGCAGAUACCAGGCCUGAAGUUGCCAUGGCAAUGCUGCGAUGGGUGUAUACAGACAAACUGGAACUGAAAGAGGAUGAUGUUUUCCUCACGGAUCUAAUGAAGCUGGCAAAUCGUUUCCAGUUACAGUUGCUCCGUGAAAGAUGUGAAAAAGGUGUCAUGUCGCUUGUGAAUGUAAGGAAUUGCAUUAGAUUCUACCAAACUGCGGAGGAGUUGAGUGCCACCACCCUCGUGAAUUACUGUGCAGAGAUCAUUGCCAGUCACUGGGAUGAUCUGCGAAAAGAUGAUUUUAGCACCAUGAGUGCUCAACUUUUGUAUAAGAUGAUAAAGUCCAAAACGGACUUUCCCUUACAUAAAGCUAUCAAAGUUGAGAGAGAAGAUGUGGUCUUCCUGUAUCUUAUUGAAAUGGACUCUCAGCUUCCCAGCAAACUAAACGAAUUGGACAGAAAUGGUGAUCUAGCCCUUGACCUAGCACUGUCUCGCAAAUUGGAGAGCAUUGCAACAACAUUAGUUAAUAAUAAGGCAGAUGUGGAUAUGAUUGACCAUAAUGGCUGGAGCUUGCUUCACAAAGCUGUUCAGAGGGGUGAUGAGUUUGCAUCUACCUUCUUAAUUCGCAACUCUUCCAAGGUGAAUGCAGCAACAGCUACUUCCUUAGAGACUCCUUUGCACCUUGCUUCCUCCUUCAGCCCCAAGAAACAUUCUCCUCAGGUUAUGGUGGGGAUGGCAAGCAUAACAGAAGCAUUGCUAGAUGCUGGUGCCAACCCAAACAUGCAGGACAGCAAUGGCAGAACUCCUCUUCACACUGCAGUGCUUUCUGGAAAUGAUGCUGUGUUUAGCCAGCUAUUGCUGUGCAAGGAGUUGAAUCUGGAACUGAAAGACCAUGAAGGAAACACAGCACUGUGGCUUGCUUUGCAGUUCAUCACAGUUUCUACAGAUCAAUCUGUAAAUCCCUUUGAUGAUGUUCCAGUUAUGAAUGGUACCUCUUUUGAUGAGAAUAGUUUCGCAGCUAGAUUAAUUAAACGAGGCAGUAACCCUGAUGCUCCGGACACCAUGACAGGGAACUGCCUACUGCAAAGAGCAGCUGAAGUUGGAAAUGAAGCUGCAGCUCUUUUUCUUGCCACACAUGGAGUUAAAGUCAACCACACCAACAAUUGGGGAGAGUCCCCAUUGCAUACAGCUUGUCGCCUUGGACUUGCAAAUCUUACUUCAGAGCUCCUGCAGCAAGGGGCAAACCCUAACCUCCAAACUAUGCAGCCUCUUCCUGACGGUCAUGGAGUUUCUUCAGCCCAGGGUGUCUAUUUACAAAGUCCGUUGCACAUGGCCAUAGCCUACAAUCAUCCUGAUGUCGUAUCUGUUAUACUAGAACAAAAAGCAAAUGCUCUUCAUGCCACCAGUAACCUCCAGAUUAUUCCAGACUUUAGUCUCAAGGACUCAACAGACCAAACAGUGCUGGGUCUUGCUCUUUGGACUGGUAUGCAUACAAUUGCAGCUCAGCUGUUAGGUUCUGGGGCAUCUAUCAAUGAUACAAUGUCCAACGGGCAGACACUGCUCCAUAUGGCAAUCUUGCGACAGGACAGCCAGAGUGCCCUCUUCUUGCUGGAACAUCAGGCUGAUAUUAAUAUGCGGACUCAAGAUGGAGAGACUGCCCUGCAGUUAGCCAUUAGGAAUCAACUUCCACUGGUCGUGGAUGCUAUCUGUACCCGAGGGGCAGACAUGUCUGUUUUGGAUGAAAAGGGCAACCCACCUUUAUGGCUGGCACUAGAUCGUGGACUUGAGGACAUUGCCUCAACCUUGGUUAGGCAUGGCUGUGAUGCUACCAGCUGGACUCCAGGACCCAGUGGUUGCUUGCAGACCCUUCUACAUCGAGCUAUCGAUGAAAACAAUGAAAGUAUAGCAUGCUUUCUGAUUCGUAGUGGUUGUGAUCUUAAUAGCCCGCGACGUCCUGGCCCUAAUGGUGAGGGGGAUGAAGAGGCACAUGACGGGCAGACGCCACUCCACUUGGCAGCCUCCUGGGGUUUGGAAGAGGUGGUGCAAUGUUUGCUAGAAUUUGGUGCCAAUGUUAAUACGCAGGAUGCAGAGGGUAGAGCUCCAGUCCAUGUUGCCAUUAGCAACCAGCAUACUGUGAUUAUUCAACUCCUCCUCUCUCACCCUGAGAUCCGACUAAAUGUGCGGGACAGGCAGGGCAUGACACCGUUUGCCUGUGCUAUGACUUGCAAGAACAAUAGAGCUGCGGAAGCCAUCCUUAAACGGGAGCCAGGAGCAGCUGAACAGGUGGACAACAAAGGUCGGAAUUUUCUUCAUGUGGCUGUACAAAAUGCGGAUAUUGAAAGUGUACUUUUCCUAAUCAGUGUCCAAGCCAAUGUUAACUCCCGUGUACAGGAUGCAUCAAAACUGUCACCACUACAUCUAGCUGUGCAAGCUGGCUCUGAGAUAAUUGUUCGUAACCUGUUAUUGGCAGGAGCCAAAGUCAAUGAACUGACCAAGCAUCGACAGACAGCCCUGCACCUGGCUGCCCAGCAAGACUUGUCUACAAUCUGCUCUGUACUCCUAGAAAAUGGGGUGGACUUUGCAGCAGUUGAUGAAAAUGGGAAUAAUGCCCUUCACCUUGCUGUAAUGCAUGGGCGCCUGAACAACAUCAGAGUACUUCUGACUGAGUCUAAUGUGGACGCGGAAGCUUUCAAUCUCAGGGGACAGUCUCCAAUGCACAUCCUAGGGCAAUAUGGGAAAGAGAAUGCAGCUGCCAUAUUUGAGCUUUUCCUAGAGUGUAUGCCAGAGUAUCCUCUAGAUAAACCUGACAAUGAAGGGAACACAGUGCUCCUGCUUGCAUACAUGAAAGGAAAUUCAAAUCUUUGCCGAGCUAUAGUCCGAGCUGGGGCACGACUUGGAACUAAUAACAAUCAGGGAAUCAACAUUUUCAAUUACCAGGUUGCCACAAAGCAGCUGCUCUUCAGGCUUUUAGAUAUGCUGACUAAGGAACCUCCAUGGUGUGAUGGCUCAAACUGCUAUGAGUGCUCUGCAAAGUUUGGUGUGACUACAAGAAAACAUCACUGUCGACAUUGUGGACGCCUGCUUUGUCACAAGUGCUCUAUGAAGGAGAUACCAGUCAUCAAGUUUGACCUUAACAAACCAGUGCGUGUGUGUGACAUUUGUUUUGAUGUCCUCACCUUAGGCGGCGUCUCCUAGUGAUUGCACCUGGCUGACUGGCUCACUCUGCUGCUGUACCAGUUCACUGACAUGUGAGCAGCAGAUGCUUAUUUGCACCUGGAUUCAUCUAGGAACUUGAUUAUCAAUAAUUCCCUUUUUGUUAAAACUGCAUCUAAUUUGAUAGGCCUUGUAUAAAACGGAAAAGGUGCCUGGAUUUUUUUUUAAUAUAUAACCCCGUACCCCCCACCCCACCACACCCCACCACAGUCCUGAUAACAUGGCAGAGCUCUGAAAACUAAAAAAAGGCUUUAACACUGAGAGACAUCGACAGCUGCGAGCAUCUGAUAAUGUUUUUUGGGAAAAAAAAAAUCUUGACCCUGUUUCAGAUUUUUGCAGAGUUUCCGUUUAGGUGCUGCAUUGUGUUGCCCAUAUUGGUAUUUUUAAUCCAAAUGUAGCGUAUGGAGACUGUUAUUUUGUUUUUGUUUUGGGGGAGUGUUCAAAAUACUCAAGUCCUAGUAUUCAUUUUUUAUGUAAAAUAACCUUUCCCUCUUUAGCAAUGGCAGGGUAGUGCCAUCUGACACAAAUAGGAUGGCCUCUGAGGAGCAAACAUUCCAAGUAAGCUGCUACCGCCAAGAUUGGUCUGCUCUGCCUAAUGAUCUUUUUGGGUUGCUAUUCAAAACUUGCAUAUGCUAGAUGAGGUGAUUCACAUUCAGAAAGGGUUAUUUCACAGCUACAGCCAUUGAGCUUGUGUCCUGUUUGGCAACUGACCUCUUAGAGACUUGUUGUUUUACCUUUUGGAUUUUUUGGGGAGUCAACCUGCUAUUGUUCACCUCUCACCAGAGCAAUUUUCCAUAUGUCAUUCUAACGUACUGACAUCAAGGAUAAGACAAACUAGUUGCACUCUUUUUGAUGUUUUUAUGUUUAAUUUUAUCGUUUGGUUUUAUUAAAAAAAGAAAAUUACCAAGACUUCUAUAGAACUGGUAGCCAGUUUAUAUAUGGCUUUGUUGUAUUUUAGAGUGCACUCUAGUACCUGUCUAGAGAAGAGAACAGUGCAGCUCUGUUCACUGUGGACAUAGUAGGCAUUCUUACAGAACUGAUUCUGAUAAAGAAGGGUGUGUUUUUGGUCUAUGAAACAAAAAAGGUGGUCUUAGUGAGAGCAAUAGAAAGGAUGCUUAUUUUUAAUUUAUGCAAGAUUGCACAACUGUUCCCAUAUGCUUUUAGCAAAACACUUCUUUUGUAGGUACAGGAGAAACAGUACGAGCUACACCAGUGUCAUCACUUCCCUGCCUUAGUUCUGAGGAAUGCCUUGACCAGAUGUUUCUGGAACCUUUAUUCCAUGUGGUGCUCUGGGGGAACAUAUACCCAUUUUAUUACAACAGUGCAUCUUUGUACCCUAAACAAUUGUCCAGAUAUUUUCCAGUUAUACUAAAUUCCUCUUCCUUAGGAAUUUAGGGGUUGAUUUACGGUUUCCAUUCAAACAUCAUGAAAGACGUUUUUUGUGGAUGAGAGAUAGUAAUAAGAAAUGAGUGUGUUAAGAGUUUGAAUAGGAUUUCAAGGUACUUCAUUAGAACUUGUUGGUAUAGGAUAAAUGAAUCAAUCACCUAAAUGUGGAGCGAAAUUUGGAGAAAAGAUAUUGGAGAAAGGGGAUGGGUGGUUAUAAUAGUUCUAAUUAUGAUUAAAUUGUACAGAGAAAUGUAAAAUACUUGACCACUACAGCUGUUUUGUACUUUAAUACAGUUGGUGAUGACUUUCUCACUUUACCACUGUGAAAAAAUUCAGUACUAUUGCUUUUCACAAUGUUCCUAUAUUAUGUGCUCUGAUUGAAAGGUCUUCUAAUAAUCCUGCUGCUCCCUGUAUAGGCCUGACCAGUGCUCUCUGAAGUGAAUCCUUCUUGUACUCAGAGAGGCGCACUAUGUAUAAAGAAAAACAAACUUUG